UUUUGGGAUUGUUAAAUUUUUUGUCAAUUUGGUCACAUUGUAUUAAUAAAAUCUUUGGCAAAUCUUAAUCAUGUUGGUCAAGCACAUUGUCAAGCAAGGGCUUCUGCUCAAGAAUGCUGGUGCCAUGUCUCGCGCCGCUUACCAUGGUGGUCACCAUCAGCAUUCCACCAUGAAUGACUUGCCCGUGCCAGCUGGUGACUGGAGGGAGCAGCACAGCCAGCAGAAUGCCAAAUACAAUGCGGUUCUUGCCGCUGGCGUUCUCAUCCUGGCUGGCACCAUUGGCUUUGUUAAAGCCUCUGGCCUGAUCCAUUUCAACUACAGCCCCCCCGCCAGCACGGAUUAAGUCAUAGAAGCCCCGUCAAAGUUUUUUCUUGUACCAUGAUAAACAAAUUAUGUGUUAAAUAAGCUUAAAGUGGCAUUAUUAUGUAGUAAAAUCCACAGAUCCAAACACGAUAAA